AUGUCCACCUCACCAAACACCUUUGGUCCCAACUACCAGUCUCGGUUUAUCCCCCACCAGCUGCCUGCUACUGUCCCUGACUCUUGUAUCAACCCCUCCCUUGAUAGCUCGCUCUCAUUGAGACAAACUUCGGCAACCACUGAUGUUCACCACAAGAGUUUGGAGAAGCUGUCAUCAGAGGGCUCCUCAGAAGAGGAGUCAGAGUCCUUGAGUAAUAACCCAUUGGAUGCAGAGGCUGGCAAGGUCUCUGGCGAUGAGUUCAACAAAGAUGAGGACGAUGCAUUUGGAUGGGGUGCAACAAAUCUUAGGCAAUCAACUCAUCCUGGCUUCUCCCAAGAAACAACAACAAGCAAUCCUAUUCACCACAAUUCCUUACCCCCUGACCACAAGUUUCAGUACUCAUGCAAUGAGGAUGACAAUGUGGCUCUGCAAAGCUUACAAUCCAAGGACAAGGCUCAGCCAGAGGGUUCCCAACAUGGUGCUGUUGUCAAUGUUCUUGAAUGCCACCAUCACACUAAUGGCCAUCCUGUUCCCAAUCAUGAUCUUCUGACCCUUGCACACGACUCGGUCAAUGAAGUAUCUCAGUGCACCAGAGCCCCUCAUAACUCCAAGAAAGCUAAGGAUGAGGGCCCAUUGCCUUCACAACUGAGAUUUUACAAGGCAGUAUGGAAGGACUGUCUUGAAGAUGCUAAGCAAGAAUGCAGGGCUGCACAUGCACUUUCUAACCCAUUCCCAUUGAAAUCUCAUGACCUCAACCUCUCCAUAACAGAGGCACUUGUCACUGUCAUCAUUGAGUGGAAUCAACAUGGUGUGCAAUUUGAAGAUGGUUACUGGCCUGACCACAAGCAAGAUAUGGUGUGCCUUCUCCUUGGUGAUAUAUCUACCUGGCAUUCAGAAUUGAAGUCAGUUAUGCUGGCAACCAUGCCAUCUGCAUUCAACCUUAUCCCUCCUUCUGAUGUUGCACCACAGUUUCAACAAGAAUGUAUGUUCAUGCAGUUCAUUGUCUGCACUACUAAUGGAUUGGUUUAUCAGGGAAAAACCAGGAAUUUCACUCACCCUGCCCUCAAGAAAGCUGUCAUACAAUUCUACUAUACCAGGACCUAUCAAAUUGUGGAUAAGCAUCCUGAGUCCUUCAACAAUUCAGUUCCCCUUUCCAGUCUGGCUCUUGUUGCAGCCAUGGCUUACAAUUCCAUUUUCCAUGGCAUGAUGAAGGUGCUGAAUGACAUCCUUCAUAAUCCCUAUCAUGGCAUGAGGUUGCGCGAUCAGCUUUCUCAGUGGGUGAAGGAAGGAUGGGCUGCACUGCAAGAGGUUGAUUUGAAUGUAGAGAGGUACCAGCACAUUCAGGCAGUCCUUGAUUGA